AUGGAUUGUUUCGCAGCCCCUGCGAUUCGGACCCGGGAUGCAAUCGAGGACAUCUGGGGUCCCCGGACACCGUACAAAGACGAAUGGCCCACCCGGGUCGAUUAUGCUCUAGAUGAGGAGCCCGAAGCUUGGGUCCAGAGCGCAUGUGUGCUGUGCAGCAAUGGCUGCGGCCUGGACAUCGGCGUCAAGGAUGGCAGGGUUGUUGGGGUCAGGGGCAGGGCUACCGACCGUGUAAACAAGGGCCGCUUGGGGCCGAAGGGCCUGACUGGGUGGAAGGCAAUUCACAGCAAGGACCGCUUGACCUAUCCCAUGGUGCGGAAGAACGGCCGGCUGGAACGGGCGACGUGGGAUGAGGCGAUGGGCCUCAUCGUGGCCAAGUCAAAGGAGUUGCAGAAACACCUCACUAACCACAGCAUCGCUUUCUACACCAGCGGCCAGCUGUUCCUGGAGGAGUACUAUGCCCUGGCGCUCGUGGGUAAGGCCGGGCUUCACACUCUCCACAUGGACGGAAACACGCGACUAUGCACGGCCACGGCCGCCGCCUCGAUGCGGGAAUCUUUCGGCUCUGACGGGCAGCCGGGCUCCUAUGCUGACAUUGACUACACUGAUUGCCUCUUCAUGGUGGGACACAACACCGCAACGACGCAAACCGUUCUGUGGUCGAGGAUCCUGGACCGUCUGGAAGGGCCACUCCCCCCAAAGCUCGUCGUGGUGGACCCUAGACUGUCCGAGACGGCCCGCAAAGCGACUCUGCACCUGGCGCCGCGGGUGGGCACCAACCUCGCGUUGCUGAACGGAAUCCAGCACCUCAUGUUCAAGAAUGGAUGGAUCGACGAGGAUUACGUGUCCAAGCACGUCAUCGGUCGAAGCGAAUCGGAGAAGGUGGUCGGUGAGUACGACCCCGACACCGUCGAGAAAGUCACCGGCGUGCCGGUCAAGCAACUGGAAGAGGCGGCGCGCAUCAUCGGGACGGCGAAGAGCUUGGUGUCGACGGCGCUCCAAGGCGUGUACCAGUCCAACCAGGCGACCGCCAGCGCAUGCCAGAUCAACAACAUCAACCUCCUGCGGGGCAUGAUUGGCAAGCCUGGCUGUGGGAUCCUGCAGAUGAACGGCCAGCCGACGGCCCAGAACAACCGCGAGGCCGGAUGCGACGGCGAGUUUCCUGGCUUCCGCAACCAUCAGAACCCAACCCAUAUGAAGGAGCUGGCAGAACUGUGGAACAUCGACCCAAUCCACGUGCCACACUGGAAUGAGCCGACGCAUGUGCAAAACCUGCUCAACUACAUCGAAAGCGGCUCGGUCAGGAUGUUCUGGAUCAGCGGGACCAACCCGCUCGUCAGUCUGCCGAACUUGACCCGCAUCCGCAACCUGUUGACGCAGCCCGGCUUGUUUGUCGUGUGCCAGGACAUCUACAUGACGGAAACCGCCGCGAUCGCCGACGUCGUGCUCCCCGCGGCGCAGUGGGGCGAGAAGACGGGCUGCUUCACCAACGCGGACCGCACCGUCCACAUCUCGCACAAGGCCGUCGAACCGCCGGGCGAGUGCAAGUCGGACUUGGACAUCUUCCUCGACUACGCCAAGAGAAUGGGUUUCAAGGACAAGGACGGAAACGACCUGAUCCCCUGGACGACGCCAGAGGAGGUGUUCGAGGCCUGGAAAAAGGUGUCGGCCGGGCGGCCGUGCGACUACACCGGACUGAGCUACGAGCGCCUCACGGGGGGGUCGGGCAUCCAGUGGCCCUGCAACGAGAAGAAUCCGCAGGGCACGGAGCGGCUGUACACGGACGGCGUCUUCCCCACUGACAUUGACUACUGCGAGAGCUUCGGCCACGACCCCGAGACCGGGGCGCCGUACACAAAGCAGCAGUACAUGUCCAUGAACCCAGCGGGCCGAGCCAUCCUCAAAGCGUGCCACUACUCGCCGCCGCUCGAGGAGCCGGACGAAGAAUUCCCGCUGAGACUCUCGACGGGCCGGAAGGUCCACCAAUUCCACACCAGAACCAAGACGGGCCGGACGGCACUGCAGAAAGCGUGCCCGGAGCCCGAGGUCAGGGUGUCGGAGAAGGACGCCGCCAGUGCCGGAGUCUCGGACGGCGAGAUGGUGAUUGUGCGGUCAAGGCGCGGGGCAGUGGAGCUGAAGUGCAGCGUCGGGGGCAUCGCCGAGGGGCAGGUCUUCGUCCCUUUCCACUUCGGGUACUGGGAUUCGCAAGACGGGCGUGCCAGAGCGGCGAACGAGCUCACCUUCGACCGCUGGGACCCCAUCUCCAAGCAACCCUACUUCAAGUCCGGCGCCGUGCGGCUCGAGAAAAUCCCCUCGCCAACCAGCACCAACACGAGCACCGGCGCGCCGCACAUCCGCGAGCAGCACUCCGACGCCAUCCGCAAAGCCGCCGCCAAAUCCGCGGCCGCCACCACCGCCAGCGCGAGCGCGAGCGACCUGGCCGCCGGCCGCGAGCGGCAGCUCGAGCAUUGGCUGGGCGAGACGUACGAGACAGCCGCGCAGCUGGAGCAAAUCUACACGACACUGCUGCCGUCGCUGAUCGACGACCUCGAGGUGGAGGCCGGCCUGCGCGUGCUGCGGCGCAUCGGCGAGGAUAUGCGGGCCGCGCUUGCGCCGCACGCGCGGCGUCACGGCUACGAUGUGGAGGACCGCCUGCGCAGCGGCAGUAGCAGGCGGCGAGCGGCGCAGGCGCUGCGCGACGCGCUGUUCCCGCCCGAUCGGGAGAGCGAGACGACCGCCCGGCGCUCGCCCCUCGAGGUUCUCCGCGCCCUGCAGGCGCUGGCCGUGUACCUGGCGCACAUCGAAGUCGGGCUGACGGCGCUGCUGCCGGCCGCGCAGGCGCUGUGGGACGAGGCGUUUGUUGAGGCGGUGAUCAAGGCGCAGGGCUGUCUCGACCGCAUGCAGGGCUGGGUGCGGCACCAGGUGAAGGUGCGCAGUCCGCAGACGCUGGUGGUGCCGGUCAGGAAGGAGGAAUAG